AUGUCCACGACCAGCAGCAUUGAAGAAACGAUGAAAGACCUCCUCGACCGCGGCGAAGUCAAGCCAUCCUGGCGCGACAAACAAUUCGUGCACUUUCUCGACCUGAAGGAAGCAUACGGCCGCGAGUUCCUCGCCCGUGUCAAAGAACACGCCGAGUCGACCGGCUUCAGCUGGGCCGACCUGGCUCGAUCCGAGAACGAGAGACGUACCUGCGCCAAGAUGUUCGUCGAUAGGUUCGGCAUAACCUACUGGGGCACGCCCGCCAAUCGACAGAAAUAUCUCCAGGAAGAGUGUCUGGCGGACCCGGACACGCUUUGUGUUUAUCCUGAUAGACGGGAGGAGAUUGUUCGGACGCUCAUGGUACUGUUGGAACGAAAGGCAAAGGGGUACGCGAGGUUGAGUACCGAGAAACCGAAGGUCUGUUGUCGUCUUAACCCCAACUUCAAUUCCACCUCCAAAUCCAAACGCAAAAUGACCUCCCUUGCCAAAGAGACCGACGAAGACUACACCGAGGCAAUGUCCACCGGAGACAAACUCACCUACAAGAUCCCUCGCACCCGAGCCCUAUCCAACGCCAUCCGGCCUUUCAAAGCAGUUCUUUCUGACAGCGACUCCUCCGCCGAGUUGAACAUGUCCUCCAGAAAGAUCCAGAAAGCUCCCAAAUCCAAGAAAAAGCCCGAUCAUUCCCAUCCUCAUCCCACCAAACCGGUAUCCACCACAUCUCCAGCACCAGCUCCAAAAUCACCCCCCAAACCCACCAAAAAGGAAAAGAAAUCCCCCUCCACCUUCCUCCCUCCUCCCCCUCCGAUGGGCACCUUCAUCCACACCAACACCACCACCACCACCACCACCUCCACCUCCACCCCAACCCCCCCGACCAACCCCACCACCACCGCCCUAAGCGCAGCAAACUACACCUACCUCACCACCAUCCUCGCGACCUCCACCACCCAAGCCAAAGAAGGCAUGGCGCCCGUCUGGAUUCCCUACGAGCACUUCACCUCCACAUCCUCCUUCCUAGACUCCAUGGCGGACCAAUGUAAUCUCCUCGAAUGGAACCCCACGAUGCAGUUGAGUCGCGAGGACGCGGACUGGUUCGCGCCUGCGAAUCCGAGCGCUGGCUCGGUGAUUGCGGCGUCGGUGCGCUUUGAGUGGUCGGAUUUUGAGAUUCGGGUGAGGCAGGGGCAUGAUGAGGAUUGGGUGGUUGUGCAGAGGGAGUUGGUGAGGGCUUGGAGGGUGAGGAGUGAGGGGGAUGGGGAUGAGGGGGUGGAGUUUAAGAUUAGAGUGUUGCUUCAUGUGAUUGGGUAGGUAAGUUAUUUGUUCAUGGAGGAGGAGAGAGAGGGUGUGUGCAGUGAUUUGGGGUUCUGAUGGGGUUGUGCUUUGAUUUUGCGGUUCAGCAGCUUAAUGAUAAUGAUGUGAUGUGGUUAUUUGGGGUCAGUUGUGUAUACACACUGACUCGGUCUGUUGUGUAUGCAUGCUGCCUUGGAUCGGUCGUCUCUUUCUUUCUUUCUUUCUUUCUUUCUUACUUUCUUAGUUUUUAUUUUGUCUUAAUUCUCUGAAUUGGUUUGUCGCUUUCUUUUACUCCUUUGGUUACUGAAAAAGAAGGAAAAAUAAAUUAAAACCAUGUAGCAUCUAGA